AUGAUCCGCACUCUCGUCUUGGUUGCCUUGGCCACCGUCGCCGUUCUCUCGGCCCCAAUCCCAGAGGUCCCAGAAAAUUUUGAUGAUAUCCCAUCCGAGUACAAGGGACUAAUCCCUGCCGAAGUCUCCCAACACCUCAAGGAAAUCACUGCUGAAGAGAAGGCUGCCCUCAAGGAACUCGCAUUGAACCACAAGGAAUACAAGACCGAGGAGGAAUUCAAGGCAGCUUUGAAGGAAAAGUCCCCAUCCCUCUACGAGAAAGCCGGAAAGCUCGAAGCCCUCUUGACCGCCAAGUUCGAGAAACUCGACGCCUCUGCUCAAGCCCUCGUCAAGAAGAUCAUCGCCAAGGGACGUGAACUCCAUCAACAGUACCUCUCUGGAGAGAAGCCAACACUCGACUCAUUGAAGGACCUCGCCAAAGGAUACAUCGCUGAGUACAAGGCUCUCUCCGACGACGCCAAGGCAACGAUCACUGCCGAGUUCCCAAUUCUCACUGGAUUCUUCACAAAUGAGAAGGUUCAAGGACUCAUCGGACAAUACGUCAACUAA